AUGAUGGAGCCUAAAACUAGAAGAGGAGAAAAACCCACCUACAAGAAGCCAUAUCCAACUUAUAUUGAUCACAUGCCUCUAUCCCCAGGGUUUAAGGUACCAAACUUCACUUUGUUCAAUGGAGAAGACACCCAUGCGUCAUCAGUUGAACACAUAGGCAGAUUCUAUGUUCAAUGCAUAGCCAUAGAGAAUAAUUGUCUGCUAAAGCUCAGGCUUUUUGGAAAUUCUCUCUCUGGACAAGCCUUCACCUAG